GGAAGGAGUCGGGCGUUGAGUAAAACUUAUCCCUGUGCUUCCUCUCUCCUCGCCUGUCAUCCGGCCCCUUCGCUUGACAACAAUUGCCCUCACUGCCCCCCUAGGCACCUCUUUGCUGCCCCAACCAUCUCCUCCCCAUCAGCCCCUGCUUCAUCCCUUGCAUCGUCAACAAGACAUACCAUCGCAUAGAAAGCGGUUUACAAGCUGUUUGUCCAUACAAAUGGACGAGAAGUCAAAGAGAAAAAGUGUAGCACUAGUCUGUCCCAGGAAGAAGAAAGAAGGGGACGCUCCGCAACAAGACGAGCCAGUUGUGCUGACACGUGAACUUUUGGAAAGCUACUUUCACUGCUCUUUGUCUUCAGUCUCAGAACAGCUUGGAAUCUGUCCAACUGCAAUCAAACGAGCCUGCAGAAAGCUUGGAAUUGCUAAAUGGCCAUUCAAAACGCCAAAUCCAGGCCCAAAAAAGAAACCAAAUGAUGCCGGAAAGCAAAAUAGAUCGACAAGUCAGACCGAGAAAGCUGAAAUAGAUUCAGAAAAAGAAGCAUCGUCAACAAAUAUUGGAAACAAGGAGCUGACUUGUUCCAGCUUCAAAGAUGUCACCACCACUCAAAAGGACCCGAGUCGCAAACCCCCUCCAACAGAUGUUAACGAGGGCAACAUCUCUCAACAUCAAAUGCGGCAUGACUCUAUAAUAGAACCUCAAUCAAAUUUUCUUGGAACUUCGUCGGGAGUGCUAGAUUAUGAUCCAUUCGCAGCAGAUACGAUCUCUUUUCUAAGAGACGUGUGCAAAUGCAAGACAACGUUCUAUCAGCCAGAAGCCGAUGAAUCGGAUGGGUGUUAGCUAGUUGUGAGAAUGCUGUAUUCAGUCACUAAAUGAACAAUUUUCAGUCAUGAUGAAA